AAUAUUCAUUCAUAUGUAAUCUUCCUACUUCACACUUUCCUUUUAUUAGCAAUUUCAUCAGUUUUCUGGAGUCAUGGCAGAAGAAAUUCAGCAAUCAACCCAAGGCCAAAGCUUCCCACUACAAGAUCGAGUAGCCAUCGUUACCGGCUCUUCUCGCGGCAUUGGCAAAGCCAUCGCCCUUCAUUUAGCAUCUCUGGGUGCCAAGAUCGUCAUCAACUAUUCCUCCAACUCCACAAAAGCCGACGACGUCGUAACCCACAUCAAUUCCACCUUCAAUUCCUCUCCACGCGCCAUCGCCGUCAAAGCCAACAUCUCCGACCCAGAUCAAGUCAAAUCCCUCUUCGACUCUGCAGAAUCGGCCUUUCAAUCGCCGGUCAACAUCUUAGUCAACUGUGCCGGCGUACUCGACGGGAAAUACCCAUCAAUCUUAAACACAACCCUUGAGGAUUUCGACAGGACCUUCGAAGUGAACGCACGUGGGGCUUUCAUAUGCUGCAAGGAAGGGGCUAGCAGAAUCAAGCGCGGCGGAGGGGGGAGGAUUAUAUGCUUAACGACAUCAUUAGCGGCGGCGUUCAGGCCUGGGUACGGGGCUUAUACGGCGUCGAAGGCGGCGGUGGAAGCCAUGGUAAAGAUACUGGCGAAGGAGCUGAAAGGGACUGGAAUAACGGCGAAUUGCGUGGCGCCGGGACCCAUAGCGACGGAGAUGUUUUACGAUGGGAAAACGGAGGAGAUGAUUAAGAGGGUAAUUGAUGAGUGUCCGCAUGGAAGACUAGGACAGACGGAGGAUGUUGCGCCGGUUGUUGGGUUUUUGGCAGCUGAUGCUUCUGAAUGGGUUAAUGGACAAAUCAUUCGUGUCAAUGGCGGCUACAUUUGAUCCUAUUUUUCUUUCUUUUCAAACAAUGGUGUUCGAUCCUUGGUUCUGGUUUUAAUUUGUCUCAUUUUGGUUUAAUUACUUAUUUAGAGUACUAUUAUUCUAUUGUAUUAUUUUAAUUUUAUUUUUCAUUUUAUUUUAACUAUAUAGAAGAGAAAAGAGUUUCGACGUAGUUGCUUAUUUGUCAUUACAUUUUAAAGCAAGGGCAUUUAUGGAAUUUCAACUGAGUCCAGUUGUUGUA